GUAGUUCGUACCUUGGACAGGGGUCGCUAUCAUGUGUAGCUAAACGGGGCGUUUGUAGUAGCAGAGUCUGAUAUAUGUUUUACAUUUGAGCAUAAUGAGUGUUGUUUUUUAACUGGGUCAACAAAUAUAAUUGAAUAUCACGUAUAAGGCAGAGCAGGCAACAGAUGAAACACAGAGCUGGGGACAGACAGCAGAGCUGGGGACAGACAGCAGAGCUGGGGACAGACAGCAGAGCUGGGGACAGACAGCAGAGCUGGGGACAGACUAGCAGAGCUGGGGACAGACUGGCAGAGCUGGGGACAGACUGGCAGAGCUGGGGACAGACUGGCAGAGACAGGGAGUCUCAGCUGUGCUGUGUGACCAGAUCUCACCAUGAGUUCCAGAGUGUGUAAGAACUGUGGGGGCACGGACAUCGAUGUGGACCAGGCCAGAGGUGAUGCAGUGUGCAUGGGCUGUGGCUCUGUCCUGGAGGACAACGUCAUUGUGACAGGAGGGGGAGGCUCCUCGGCUGUGGGACAGUUCGUAGCUGGAGACGCCUCUGGAAGGAACCCAACUUUUGGAGAAGGGUUCUAUAAAGGUGUUGGAAGGGAGUCCCGGGCCCAGUCCCUGCAGAACGGGAGACGUCAGAUCAACACGCUGGGCCAUCAGCUGCAGCUGAACCAGCACUGCCUGGACACGGCCUUUAACUUCUACAAGAUGGCCGUGUGUUAACACCUGACAAGGGGCCGACGGGUGGCCCACGCGGUGGCUGCAUGCCUCUACCUUGUCUGCAGGACAGAGGGGACACCUCACAUGCUGCUUGACCUCAGCGACCUCCUGCAGGUAAAUGUUUACAUCCUGGGUAGAACCUUUCUGGUGCUGGCCAGAGAGCUCUGCAUCAACGCCCCCGCCAUAGACCCCUGCCUGUACAUCCCUUGCUUUGCUCACAUGCUGGAGUUUGGGGAGAAAAACCAUGAGGUGUCCAUGACAGCACUGCGACAGCUGCAGAGGAUGAAGAGGGACUUGAUUCACACUGGACGGAGGCCAUCAGGACUGUGUGGCGCAGCCCUGUUGGUCGCUGCUCGCAUGCACAAGUUCCGCCGUACCAUCAAAGAAAUCAUCAGUGUAGUGAAGGUGUGUGAGGCCACACUAAGAAAGAGGUUGAAUGAGUUUGAGGACAUGCCCAACAGUCAGCUGACCAUUGAGGAGUUCAUAAAAGUGGAUCUCGACCAGGAAUGUGACCCGCCCUCUUUCAUCGCUGGCCAGAGGAAUAAAAGAAUGAAGCUGCUUGAGGAAGAAUUGGAGAAGAUUGGUGAUGUUCAAGGCGAGAUCCAUGAAUACCAGGAUGAGAUUGAGAUGGAGCAGAGCCGGCCCAAGUUGAGAAUGAUGUAUGGGUCCUAUGCAAAAACCGAUCCCCUGGAAAAAGAGGAUGAUGAUGAUGAUGAAAUAUCUCUUCCUGGCUGGCAGGAGAGGGAGGACGAGGAGCUGAAAGCUGUGGCCCAGCACCUCAACAAGGACCUGUGUGACCAGGUUCUCCCUGGAGAGGAAGAGGAAGGGUAUGGAGAGAGGCACGAGGAAAGACCUCCACGCAGAGGCCCAUCGUUGGUCUCCCUCCUAGGGCCCAUGCCCACCGCAGCCAGCCUGGGCCUCCCAGAGUCCAUCAGCAAGUCCCCCGAAGAGGAGAAGGAGAACGAUGGGGACACUGAAAAUGGAGAGCUCGACCUAAGUGGUAUUGAUGAUGAUGAGAUUGAGCUGUAUCUCCUGAAUGAAGAGGUGAAAAUCAAGACUGAGCUUUGGAUGAAAUAGAAUGAAGACUACUUGAAAGGAAAGGAAGAGAGGAUAGCGAAAGAGAAGGAGCUGGGGAUUUACAAGGAGAAGAUAGCCAACCCCCUGCCGGCGAUCUCUGAGGCGGCGCCCCACUCUGUGCUGGUAGAGAGUGGGUCUGUGGUCUAUGAUGAUGUGGGAGAUAAGGAGGAUGAGGAAGAGCCCUGCGUCAGCGCCAUGCAGCUGUUGGGAGGCAACGAGUAUGGAUGUGUUGACGAUGAUGGAUUCUAGCACUACUGGGUCUGGCCUGUUUCUCUGGACUGUUGUGCUACUGUAUCAGCCCUCCGACCCCUGUCCACAGACUUACACAUGACGCAUGACUUGUAUGCUCUCAGGGAGGUUGGAGGUGAUGACGAGGGUCCGUUUCUCCUCAGGAUAUCUCCUGUAACUAUGAAAGAGGUUUUGGGUAGUAUUGUGCUGGAUCUAACAAAGAGACAUUAUGGUUAGUCUAUCUUCCUUCCUACAUUUCACAGGUCACUCAAGUACAGUGCCUUGCGAAAGUAUUCGGCCCCCUUGAACUUUGCGACCUUUUGCCACAUUUCAGGCUUCAAACAUAAAGAUAUAAAACUGUAUUUUUUUGUGAAGAAUCAACAACA